AUGUCGCGCCAUAACAGCGUGGAUCUAGACUCACCCGACCGGCCCUUCGACAACAUCAUCAAUUUCCGCGAUGUCGGCCGGUCGGUUAAUCAAUUUUGUCGCAAAGAAAUACUGAAAGAAGGGGUCUUCUUUCGCAGCGCGAGGCUCGACGACGCAUCAGAACGAGAUAAACGCCGUCUAGCAGAAGAACUACACAUUCACACCGUCAUCGAUCUUCGUUCGCAAACAGAACACCAAAUGGGCACGCGAAAACGUCGAGGCGAAAUCGCCAAAUCAGAAUCAGAAUCAGAAUCAGAAUCAAAUCCAACAGAAAAAUCACCAGAUCCAAUCCCAUCAAAUCCAGACGAACAUCUCCUCCACAUCCCCGGCUCGAACCGAGCUCUAAUAAGCCUAACAGGCAAAGGCUUCGAACGCGCCUUAUUAUCCAAGCUGGACUGGUUUACAUAUCUAAAAACAAUCGGGCUCGUAACAACAGGCUACCGCAGCGACGCCGUGCGUCUCAGUCUGCGGCUCGGUAAUGCAACCGCGCGGCCUGACGGGUCUAGCGCAAGACACGCUCGAUUCCAGCAUGGCGGAGAUCCGCGCUGGGAAGGACCGGACGGGAUUGGUUGUUUUGCUUAUGUUGUUGCUUGUUGGGGUGUGCCGACUGAGGCGAUUGUUGAUGAUUAUGGUCGUUCGGAGCUGGAGCUUGUGUCGGAGUUUGAGGAGCGGAUGGAGGAGAUUAGGGCUAUUGGGCUUGGGGAGGAUUAUACGCGUUGUCCGCCUGGUUUUGUGGAUGAGACGACGACGUAUCUUGAGAUGAGGUAUGGGGGUGUUAGGGGGUAUUUGGAGAGGGUUGGAGUUGGGUUUGAGAUGCAGGAGAGGAUUCGGGGGAAGUUUUUGGUUUGA